AUGGGAAAAGCCAAAAAGACAAGAAAAUUUGCAGCAGUUAAAAGAACAAUAUCAAAAAAAGAUCCACGUCUAACAUCAAAUCAAAAAGCCAUCAUACCCAAAAAGGAUCCAGAACUUAUACAAAAUAUCCCACAAGUAUCAUCAUCCCUAUUUUUUAAAUUUAACGAAAGUAUAAAACCACCAUAUCAAGUCCUAAUAGAUACAAAUUUCAUCAAUUUUUCUAUUCAAAAAAAAAUCGAUAUAAUAAGAGGUUUAAUGGAUUGUUUAAUGGCAAAAUGUAUACCCAUAAUAACUGAUUGUGUAAUGGCAGAACUUGAGAAAUUAGGUGCCAAAUAUAGAAUAGCUCUCAAACUCGCAAAAGAUCCAAGAAUUCAAAGAUUAAAAUGUUCACAUUCUGGUACUUAUGCUGAUGAUUGUUUGGUGAAUAGAGUUAUGCAACACAAAUGUUAUAUAGUAGCUACUAAUGAUGCUGAUUUGAAGAGAAGGAUUAGAAAAGUUCCUGGUGUUCCUUUGAUAAGUGUUGGUGGACAUAGUUAUGUAGUUGAAAGAUUACCUGACGUUUUUUAG